AUGUCUCGAGCGAUAGCAGGCCACGAUGUGGCAGCAGCUGAUGUCGCAAAGGUAUCUGGGAUCGAACAUUUGCUAGCGCAGGAUAAAACGCCAUGGUACCAGAAGAAGAACCUCCGACGCCUCUAUCUGUGCCUUGUGCCCGCUGCCCUCGGCGUCGAAAUGACUUCGGGUUACGAUGGAAGCGUUCUGAAUGGUCUUCAGGCCGUGCAGCCUUGGGAAGACUACUUCAAUAGUCCCAACGGUGCUCUGCUGGGUGUCCUCACUGCGGCCUUUUCCAUAGGUGCAGCGGCCGCGGUUCCCUUUGUACCAUAUGUGAACGAUCGCUUUGGUCGCAAAGCUUGUGUGGUAACCGGUUCUGCAAUCAUCAGUGUUGGGGUGAUCCUGCAGACUGCUGCUGUGAACUUUGCCAUGUUUCUUGUUGCAAGAAUCAUUCUCGGUAUGGGUAUCGUAUUUGCCAUCAGUGGGGCUUCCCAGCUCAUCGCCGAGUUGGCAUACCCCAAGGAACGCUCGGUGAUCACAGGUCUCUUCAACGAAAGUUGGUAUGCUGGUGCGAUUGUCGCUGCAGGGGUCACUCUCGGGACAUAUUCAUGGGACAGCAACUGGAGUUGGCGUUUGCCGUCACUGCUCCAGAUUCUGCCCUCCACCUUGCAACUCAUCUUCAUAUGGUUCAUACCAGAGUCGCCUCGUUUCUUGAUAAGCAGAGACCGACAUGAGGAGGCCCUGGAAAUCUUGAUCAAAUACCACGCCGAAGGAGACCGAACGAGUUCAUUUGUGGCGGCUGAAUUCCAACAAAUCCGCGAGACCAUCCGCAUGGAACUAGAGAGCACCAAGACGCCGUGGAAAGAGCUUGUCACCAACAGCGCCAACCGGCGACGUGUCUUCAUCGCAGCAUGUGUGGGCUUGUUCUCGCAGUGGUCGGGAAAUGGUCUGGUGUCAUAUUACCUCUCCAAAGUACUUGCAUCAGUCGGCAUCACGUCCAGACGGACUCAAAAUGAGAUCAACCUAGGUCUUUCAUGCUGGAAUCUUGUCACGGGAGUGACUGGUGCCUUCCUUGCCCACAGACUACCUCGUCGGCGCCAGUAUUUGACCUCCUAUAUUGGUAUGACGGUGCUGUUCGCAUGCUGGACCGGCGCUUCGGCGGUGUACGCAGAAGACCACACCAAUCAGUCUGCGGCCAAAGCAGUUGUCGCUCUCAUCUUCAUCUACUAUGGCUUUUACAACCUCAUGAUGCCACUUACCUACAUCUUCAUCACCGAGGUGUUUCCUUUCAUCCACCGCAGCAAAGGCGUUGCCAUUACCCAGUUCUUUUCACGCGGAGGCAGUGCCUUCAACCAAUUCGUCAACCCGAUUGGGUUGCAAAAUAUCCAGUGGCACUAUUACAUCGUCUACGUGGUGUGGCUUGCUAUCGAGACAACAACCAUCUUGUUCGUAUAUCCCGAGACGAAGGGUUUGAGUUUGGAAGAGGUCGCAGUGGUCAUGGAAGGUGACAAAGCGAAGGUGGAAGUAAUUGGGCUUGGGACUUUGGGAGAGAAAGGUGGUGCAGGUGUUGUGGAUCAAGUUGAGAAGGCGUGA